AUGUCCCAUGAGAGAGCUAAGGAACCUAGGCCUUAUACUCGUAUUCAUCCCAACUUUGCUCUUAACAUGAUGCGAUCAGGUUUAUUGAUUCCGACAAUUCUCCCAUUCGUUCCUGCCUCUGGGGUAACUCCGGGCGCACCGGCGUCCUCCCCGUCUUCCCAGGUUCCCUCUUCUUCUCUUCCUAUAGUGAGAGCUAGGUCUUCUAGUUCAGUCUUCCAAGAUGUUAUUGCUGGCCUAAAUAUUGGUUCUAUACCUUCUGUUUUAUCGCCUACUGUCCCUACUGUCGUACAAGGACCUCCCGUUACUUCUAGUGUUAGGCCUUCACUUCUUCCUCCAAGUUCAUUGCCUUCUUCUUCCGCAAGGCCCUCGGCCUCUACUUCUCCUCAAGUCCUUUUCAGGCAAGCCCAAGGCUUGCCUUCUUUACUGGGACACAAUUACACUCCUUCCUAUGGAUUCCUCCAGUUGAAAGAUUCCUUAGCCACAUCUUGGCUUCAGAGUAAGAGUUCUAUGCAGGGAAAAACUACUUUUGAUCAGUCUUGUGCCUUGAGCUUGUACAUGGGAAAUUUAGCAGCAGACUUAGAGAGGCAAAAUAAAGAGUUAAAGAAUCAAUUAAGGGCCGUAAAGGCAGCAUCCCCUACUCUGAGCAAUGAGGUCAUCCAACUCCAACAGAAGAUAAGUUCUCAGGUUAAUCAGAUGACCCUUUUGGAGAAGGAUUUGCAGCAUCAUCGCCAGAUGUUAGGGGUUAAAGAAGAAGAGAAGAAGACUUUAGAGCUGCAAAUACAGAGCCUAUCUUCUCAGUUGAGUGUUGAAGUAGCCAAGAAAAAUAAAGCUAUCUUAGACGCUACCCUCAAAUCUUAUAUCUUAGAGCAUUUUCAGACUUCACGCCCUAUAUCUCCGGACUCAGCUCAAGAGUUAGCUUCUCAGAUUUUUGAGCUAUUACAGCUACAAGAGAAACUAAAAGCUCAGGAUUUAGAAAUAGAUUUCCUCACCCAAGAACUAGAAUGCACCAAAACUGAAAGGACCAAUUUUGAGGAAGAAUCAAAGUGUCUUGCCUCAGAACUACAAGUUUACAAGGAGGGUAAAGAGGAGCAUUGGGAGGUCCGACGCCAACAGUACUUAUCCUCUUCUGAAUUCAAGAAUGAGUUUGCCAGCCGCAUUGUAGGGACUCUAACUCAUUCUGCUGAUGGGGUACUUAAACAGCUACGAGAAGGGGGGUUUUAUCUCAAGAGCCUCCUCCUCAAUUUAUAG